GGAAAGCCGGCGAGGGCCAGGGUGGUGCAAGGAGAGCUCUGCCGUUUAUUAGCUGAAGAUGCUGCUGCUUCUCCCGCUGUGGCUGUUGCUGCCGGAGCUGGCUCUCCUGGCGCCGGCUCAGAAGUUUUCAGCGCUCACGUUUUUAAGAGUGGAACAAGACAAAGACAAAGAAUGUAGUCUGGAAUGCACAGGUUCCCCUCAGAAGUCCUUGUGUGCAUCAGAUGGCAGGACUUUCUUGUCUCGAUGUGAAUUUCUACGGGCAAAAUGCAAAGAUCCUCAGCUAGACAUUGCCUACAGGGGAAACUGCAAAGAUGUUUCACGAUGUGUGGCAGAGAGGAAAUAUACCCAAGAACAAGCACGCAAGGAGUUCCAGCAAGUAUUCAUCCCAGAAUGCAACGAUGAUGGGACUUACAGCCAGGUUCAGUGCCACAGUUACACAGGCUACUGUUGGUGUGUCACCCCUAAUGGUCGUCCAAUCAGUGGUACAGCUGUAGCACAUAAAACUCCACGUUGCCCAGGGUCUCUAAAUGAGAAGCUGCCACAGCGUGAAGGUACAGGAAAAACAGUCUCCUUGCAAAUCUUUUCCAUUCUGAAUUCAGAUGAUGCCUCAGCUCCUGCACUGGAGCCUCAGCCCCAAGGAGAUGAAGAAGAUAUAGCUUCUCGCUAUCCUACAUUAUGGACUGAGCAAGUAAAGAGCAGACAAAAUAAGACCAAUAAAAAUUCUGCAGCGUCAUGUGAUCAAGAGCUCCAGUCAGCAUUAGAAGAAGCUAAACAGCCCCAGAAAGAUAAUGUAUUCAUUCCAGAGUGUGCUAAUGGUGGGCUUUAUAAACCAGUGCAGUGUCACCCCUCCACAGGAUAUUGCUGGUGUGUCCUUGUUGAUACAGGACGCCCUAUUCCUGGUACAUCCACAAGAUAUGAACAGCCGAAGUGUGAUAACAGUGCUAGAGCUCACCCAAGCAACACAAGAGACGUGUUCAAAGGGCGCCCGUUGCAAGGUUGUCCUGGUGCCAAAAAGAAUGAAUUUCUGACCAGCGUUCUAGAUGCACUUUCCACAGAUAUGGUACAUGCUGUUUCUGAUCCUGCAGUGUCUUCCAGCAGGCUUUCAGAACCAGAUCCAAACCAUACCCUGGAGGAAAGAGUUGUUCAUUGGUAUUUUAAGCAACUGGAUAAAAAUGCUAGUGGCGACAUCGGCAAAAAAGAAAUCAAACCUUUUAAGAAAUUCUUGAGGAAAAAAUCCAAGCCCAAAAAGUGUGUGAAAAAGUUUGUGGAAUACUGUGAUGUGAACAAUGACAAAUCUUUGACAGUUCCAGAACUAAUGGGUUGUCUGGGUGUAACAAAAGAAGACAAUAAAGCAGAUACAAAGAAACGUCAUACAGCUCCCAGAAGACAUGCUGAAAGUACUCCUUCUAACAGGCAGCAAUCCUCAAAGAAGCAAGGCUGAAGACUUCACGAUCUCUCGGACAUGUGGGAGAUUCCCUCACCAAAGGUCAAUAAAGAGCAACCAUAGUAUUUGCACUUUGUACUUUAAAUGUAAAUUCACUUUGUAGAAAUGAGAUAUUUAAACAGACUUUUUUAAAAAAAAUAUCUGUGAAAAUGUAGUAACAGCUUAUUUUAAACAAUUACCACAUACAAUGUAUGUGUCUUUUUGCUGUUGUCUGAAAUCUAUGUCUUGGAGUUGUAAAAGUUUGCAUUUAAUCUGUUCUAAAAAGAAUAAUGUUCUGUCUUUUAGAAGCUAGCUUUAUAGUAUAUAUAUUCGUAUGUGUGUGUUUGUGUGUGCAUACAUAUACAUACACAUAUUUUCAGUAGAAUUGCUUAUUUUUAUGUAACCGUUAAUAUUAUUGUACCAGCUUGAUCUGACAUCUACUGAGCUCACAAAGUCACAUAAUCUAUGUUUGAGGUUGCAUGUUCUUAAAGCCACAUAAAAGAUUAAAAAGUGUUGGUGAUUUAAGCACCUUAUAUAAGAACAGAGAUUUUAGAAAGAGUUUAAGGUGCUUUUGUUGAAAAGAUGGAUACCUUUUCUCAAAAAUGCAGUUGUACAGCUAGAUUGCAACCACGCUAGUUUGAAAAAAAACCACACACACACACACACUUCUUGAAUUUCCUAUAAUUUCUAGAGGGCAGGAAUAUACAGUAUGUUUAUUUUAGUUUCUAUCAUUUUGUUUUGGAGUGGUUUAAUCAGCCAGUAAAGGGAAAGAAAGUUCAUUCUGUCACUCAGAGCUGAUUCUGUUAAGCCGCAGAAUAGCAAUAAAAGGACACAUUUUGUUCAGCAUUGUCGGUAUAAUUGUAAGGACACAAAGAAACUAAAACAGGUUUGUCCGUCUUUGCUGCUUCUUACACAUGGAUAGGCUAAACUAUGAGACUUAGGAGCCCCAGGUCUUAUGAAGUUAAACCUAUAAGUUGGACAAAUUAUAUACAGUUAUAGUAAGGAGAUGAAAUUAGGCCAAGCUCUCUGCCUUGGAGCGUCUUUCUUGCCAUCUGGGAGAUGAUCUUACAAGUUUUCAUACCUUUCCUUCCAAUCUGAUGGAGGUAGGAUUUUUCAGUUCAUUUCUAGAAUGCCUUAAAGGAACAAGAAUUUGUAGAUGUGUCCUUCAUACCAAAAGCUUUUAAAGAAAAAAUAAUCAUUUUGAAAAUCUUAACUUUUUGAUUUUGGACAAAUUUUAGCCAAAGAGAUCAAAUGGAUAAAGUAACUGAGUGUAUAUAUUUAAAAAAGUAAAGAGGAUAGCUAUGAUUGUUAACAAUGAUCAAUAUUCUUUUCAAUUCAUUAACAGAAGUUUUGCUCAAUAAUAUGUGGAAUAGCUUUUGGUGAUUGUGUUCUGAUUUGGUCUCUGUAUUGUAUUUAUAUAUGCAUUUAUAAUUGCCUAAUAAUGUAUGAUGACUUUAUUCAAAUUCAGUUUGAACAGUAUAAAAUGGGCAUAAGACGUUUGGGCAUAAGGAGAAGAUAACCAGAAUGCAUAGGAAUUUUUAUGUCUUAAAAAAAAAUUGUCACUUAGAAUUUGAUACUUUUUUAUAAUGCUAAACUUUGAAUUUAAACUGUUUAGAUUAAAAAUAUAGUGUGCUCCAAAAUGUGUUUUUUGUUGUCUGUGGCUCAUAUAUACCGUAUAUACUCGAAUAUAAGCCGAUCCGAGUAUAAGCCGAGGUCCCCAAUUUUACCCCAAAAAACUGGGGUAAACUGGGGACUCGAGUAUAAGCCGAGGGUGGGAAAUGAGGCAGCUACCGGUCGGGGAAACCCUCCCUCCCUCAGCCGAGAAGGCUGGCGGCUCCCCCGCCCCGCCCUCUCACUGCACCGGCAGGGCUUCCCCGCGCUAAUGCAAAAGCCCGCCAAGUUUGCGCCAUCCGGUAUAAUGUGAAAAAAAGAAGAAAAAAAAACUCGAGUAUAAGCCGUAUAUACUCGAGUAUAAGCCGAGGGGACGUUUUUCAGCACAAAAAACGUGCUGAAAAACUCGGCUUAUACUCGAGUAUAUACGGUAACUUUAUUUGAUUCUUAACAGAUCAGUGAAUGCAUAUUCUGUUUCCACAUAAUAUUAUACCUGUUUUUUAAACAAACAACAAAGAUUGAAAUCCUAAAUUAUGGAAUAGUCAAAUACUUGAUACAAUCAUCUAAGUAUUGACAAAUACUGGAUUUCCAUUAACUGAAAAAAUAGUAAUAAUUUCACACCACACAAGUUCCUAGUAACACUUGUGGCAGAUCCUUGUGUGAAUUGUGGCAUCUAGAUUAAUGUGAGACGUGCAGAUUAACACAGAAUAAGCAGAGAUAGAAUUCUAUUCUGACUCAAAUUCUUUAGGAACUAUUCAUUUCAACAUUUUGAAAUGUUGUACCUAUAAUUGUAUAUAGCUGUGUACUUAAAAUAUAGUAUACAAAUGGAAAUAAGAACAAAAGCAAAGCAGUUUUGUGAUUAGAGUCAGGGGAAGAAAGAGACACUAGUAUUCAAUUUCCAGGCCCCAAAGGGUACAAAAGUUUUGGCUAGGCAGUUCUGGGUGAUCAGUGCUUAUCAGGAAUGAAAUUUCAAUCAAUUGUAAAUAUUUUUCUAGCCUUAUCAUGAUUGUCAGUUUGAGCUGCACUGGAAUUAAAAUAUCACUAGGGCAGAAUGAGGUUAAAUGAGUUUUAAAAUACAUGAACAAACAGGAGGACGAAAAUAUAAGAAGACUGCUGACAGAUUUCUUGUGCUAGAAGAAACAAAUUAAAGAUAUCUAAAUCUGGCAAGAUGACUCAACUUGGCAUUUCCCAAAGAUGUUUGCCUCUUUAUACUCUGCCAGGAAGGACAAAUUAGUGCUGGUUACUCCUUGACAAAGGCAAUUUAGAAUUACACCUGAUAUACUUACAUUUGGGUAUUAUGCAGUUAGAGCAACUUAUACUAAAACUGGUGUCAAAAAAGAUUCCUUUAAUGUAGAGAGUGAAAGGCUUAUUGCAUUUGGCUUAUUUUUUUGUUUAAGAAAACAAAUUGAGGUAAUUAUGGAGUAAUUACUUCAACAUUAAAUGCAAACAAGUUAACUUCAUUGAUGCCUGAAACAUUAGACUGAUUACAGUAAAUGAUUGAUGUACUGUAAACUCUGCUCAGUGUCCCAAUAUCUUAUUGUAUUUUUCUUAACCAAAAGCAUAUGUAAAAGGCAUUCAACAAACAGAACAACUUAGUUUCCUUUCUCUGUCGAAAGCCCUCCUGGGUUGUUGAUCUGUGUGAUGCUGGCCUCCCUAAAUAAAUACCAGGAAAUGCUUGGAGAAAUGGGUGCUGCUUUUGGACCAGUUCCAGCCAAUACCAAGUGGUAGAAUACUUGGACUUAUUGUCCCCCUUGUUCCCUGGACUUCUCCCUUCCACAAAUAAAAUAUUCUUCUUAUAUUUCAUAAUAUGUAAGCAACCCAGGAGAAGCCUUAUUAAAGACAACCAAGAGAAGACAAAUGUUUAUUUUCUUAUUAUUGUUUCAUUACUCAUUUUAGUCAGCACAUGCACUACAAAGCCAUUUGCGCAGCAGGCAUUUUUACUAAACCUGUAAGCUAGGUAGAUAGGUAAGAAGUAAAGAAGCUGGUAGGACUCAAGCGAAGCUACCAGUGGUUGUUUGGAAAGACUCAAGUGACUUCACUCCACCUGCGCCAGGAGUCCUAUGUUAAUUGCCGCUUUGUUUUCAGAUAGGAAGUGUUGCUUCUUACCUUUGCCCAAGUAAUGUGUUCUAUUAAACCCUCUUUCCACUUGUGACUGUCUGAGGAUGUUAAUCUCUUGUUCCUGCAAAGUAGUUUCAUAACCAUUUAGGAGUGAUCCUUUCCUUACAGCUUUUGGAAUGAACUUCCUGUUAAUCUGAGGAUGCUCACUCACUCAUAUAUAGAUAGAUAGAUAUAUUGAACAGUCUUUCAUUGCUGACUAUACUACUUUUAACAUUGGUUUAAUAAUUGUACUGUAAACUACUGAUAAACUUUGGUAACUGGUAGAAUUUAAUAAAUAUAUCUAUAUUCCU